GCCAUUGUAUGUGAAGGGAAAGCCAGGCUGUAAUGAAAGCAGCUUUCCAGCCAUGUCUGUGGCGCUCCUCAACUGUAGAACAAAUACUCGGAAGCACGUCCCAUUUCUUCUCUUUGUGGGAAUCUUGAAUCUCCCUGAUGKUUUUCUCAUUUCCCUCCCUCCCUGCCCAGCAGCUCUCCUUGCUUUCACCGUGUGUCGUUCCCUGCUCCGAGGAUUGAAUUUUAACGCCUCCCCUGCUUCUUUCAGAGAUGGCGGAUUCCUAUACCUGUAAAGGUGGAAGGAAAACUGCAGGCUCUAACAAACCAACAGCCAGCAAAGAAAGCAGGACAGAGACAAGGAUAAACCCCCCUGCAGAGCUGCCCAAGCUGGGAAAUGCAACCAGUGACAAAACUGAAGGCAAGAAGAAAGGAAGACCCAAGGCUGAAAACCAGGCGCUGAAAGACAUCCCUCUCCCCCUGAUGAACCAGUGGAAGGACGAAUUCAAAGCCCACUCUAGGGUGAAAUGUCCCAAUUCAGGCUGCUGGCUGGAGUUCCCCAGCAUUUAUGGCUUGAAGUACCACUAUCAGCGCUGCCAAGGGGGUGCGAUCUCAGAGAAGCUGACAUACUCAUGCUCAUACUGCGAAGCUGCCUUCACCUCCAAAACCCAGCUGGAAAAACAUCGGCUCUGGAAUCACUUGGACCGGCCAGUGCCAGCCAGCAAAGUGGAAAACAAAAUGCCCAAGGCCAUUGGGAAGAGCAGUGGAAAGAAAAGAGCUGCUGAGAGUUCAGCUUGCCCCACCAUCCAUCCCAAACAGGCAAAGACGGAAAAGGCCGUGGCGCAGGAGCACGCGGAGAAUGGCGAGUGCCUGGCAGAGAGCCGGGAGAGCAAGGAGUUCCAGAUUGCAGCGGCUGAGGCCAUGGCAGCUGCCACCCCCACGGCCAAGUCCUCSAGCGGCAAGGACGCCGGGCAGCAGCGGGGCAGCCAGGCCUCACUGCAGGAGGAAGACCCCGAGAGGAUGAAGCACAGAAGGAAACAGAAAACUCCUAAGAAGUUUACGGGGGAGCAGCCAUCCAUCUCAGGGACAUUUGGACUAAAAGGUCUUGUCAAAGCAGAGGACAAAGCAAAAGCCCAUCGAGCCAAGAAGUUGGAGGGAAAUGCCAACAUGGAGGAGCUGAAAAAGAAACCUCCAGGAGUUGGUGUGAAGAAGGAAACAUCUGUGCAUCUACCAGCAGCAAGCCCCGAGGACCAGUGGCAGCGGGAGAUCAGCGAGAAGGGGGAGGUCUCCUGUCCAACCUGCAGUGUUAUAACCAGGAAAACUAUUGUGGGGCUCAAAAAGCACAUGGAUGUCUGCCAGAAAYUGCAGGAUGCCCUGAAGUGUCAGCACUGCAAAAAGCAGUUCAAGUCCAAAGCUGGGCUGAAUUACCACACCAUGGCUGAACACGUCAGCAAGCCUGUUCCUGUGGAAACCGCUGGACUUGGUGAACAGGAAGAGCGGGAAAGGCUGAGGAAAGUGCUAAAGCAGAUGGGAAAACUGAAAUGCCCCAAUGAGGGUUGUGUGGCCAAUUUCUCCAGCCUGAUGGGCUACCAGUACCACCAGAAGCGGUGUGGGAAGCAGCUYGCCGAGGCCGACAAGCCCGUGUUCAGCUGCCCCCACUGCGGCAAGAAGUACAAAUCCAAGGCUGGCCACGACUAUCAUGUGCGGUCAGAACACACGGCCUCGGUGAGCCCCCCGGACGCCUCCGCAGCCCGAGGAGCGGGGCCAUCCCCCCCCGGGGGGGACUGCAGAGCUGCAGAGCCUGUGGGCAGGACAGAGCCGGGCAAGCCUCCAGAGGAGCCAGAGGUGAAGCCGGAGCCUGGUCCUGUAGAGGAUUUUGAGAGAACCCCGAGCGGCCGCAUCCGUCGGACGUCAGCCCAAGUAGCCGUCUUCCACCUCCAGGAGAUAGCAGAGGAUGAGCUCGCCAGGGACUGGACCAAGMGGAGGAUGAAGGAUGACCUGGUGCCUGAAACGAAGCGGCUCAAUUACACCCGACCAGGACUUCCAAAGCUCAAUCCCAGGCUGCUGGAAAGCUGGAAGAAYGAAGUGAAGGAGAAGGGCCGCAUCAACUGUCCCAACAACUGCUGUGAAGCCAUUUACUCAAGUGUCUCGGGGCUGAAAGCUCACCUGGCCAACUGCAACAAGGGGGACCACUCGGUGGGCAAGUACCGCUGCCUCCUGUGCCAGAAGGAGUUCAGCUCCGAGAGCGGUGUCAAAUACCACAUCAUCAAGGCUCACUCGGAGAACUGGUUCCGAACCUCCUCAGAKGCCAGCCGGAAAAAGAAAAACAGGGAACAGCUUUCUUCCAGCAAAGAGGAGAAAAAGAAAAGCACAAACGGGAAGAAAAGGGGGAGAAAACCCAAGGAGAGGCCUCCGGAAAUGUCCCCGAAGGGCAGAGAGAGCGUGGCAGCAAAGACUAAUCACAAGAAAACCCUCGAGCACUGGGAAGGCUCCCGGGGCAGCCCCGAGGGGGAUGAGCUCGUCCCCAAACCCCCGAGCCAGCGGAAGGGAGGAGCCAGCAAGAUGCCCGAGAAAUGAGCAGCUCAGAGACUCGUCUCCGAGGAUUCGUUUACAGCCCAGGGUAACAGGGUGGGGGUCUCUCCCGGUUUUAUGUCCCCUCCUCCCCAUCCCACCUCCCUUUGCCCCACCCUCUUCUCACCCUCUUUUUACAAAAAGAAAGAAAAAAAAAAAAAAAAAGAGACAGAAAAUACCAAUUAACCACUUUAAACAAAUCACGGACCUUGUUUCACACUGGAAAACAAACAGGAUCAAGGAAGCUGGAACGUUCUCCACCCCCUGCCCAUGUACAUACCCCUCGGUGGGGCCCCGCUGCCUCCCCCGGCCCGUGAUUCCCSUCCCUGCGCCAAACUGGUGACGCUUGAGCGAAAGAGAAGUGCAAUAGCAGCGGGGUCCCGUGGGCRGGGACCCUCCCGAGCGGCUCCGUGCCGGGGCGGGGAGCUGCCCACCUGCCCGGCCGCCGCCCAGCUCCAGGGUGAUGUUUCCAAAGAUGUUUGCAGUGUCGGGCGGAGGGUCCAGUGGAGGAUGCUGCGGUGGGGGGAGUUGGGUGCGCUUUGCCUGCGCCGCCGGUCGAGGGGAAGCGCGUUGGGCAGGGAGCGGCUCCGUGCGUGUCAGGGUUUGUCUGCGUGGUGCGAGGCGCAGGAGGGAGCAGGGCACAGGGCUUCAGGAUGUGGGAGGUGUGAGCAGGAGAAGGGGCUGGUCUGGGGCUGGUCAGGUUAGAGGGUUUGAUGGAAAGUUGUGGGAAUGGUGUGGGUGCCGUGGAUAGUGGCAGAGCAGCCAUGGAGGGGUGCAGUGAGGGAGCUGUGCCUCGGUGCUUGGGCUGUGUUUGCCGGGCAUGGAGCGCUGCGAUGACAGAGACAGAUGGCAAUGCCACUGUCAGGGGGAGAUGGCARCUGUCCCCUCGGCCUGAGGGCAUCCAGGGGUGAUUCAGGGUCUCAUUGUGCUCCAUCCCAGUGGUGGUGAUCACUCAGGAGAGAGGAAUGGGGUCUCAGCUCCCCAGCUGUGGUUCCAGGAGGUGUGUGAUAGGGACRGGGGCAGCACUGAGAGACAAUCACAGGUCCUGCUUUAGGAUGAGCCCAGCUGCUGCCCAGACACCUCACACUCCCCUUGUCCUUUUGGGCCGGGACCCACCAUGGGGGGAGUCUGCUCCCAAAGAUGCGUCUGAGCCCCUGGCCACCCCCUCGGGGUGGCAACUCCCUGUGGUGCCACCCCUGCUCGUGCUCUUGCCCCGGGCUUUUCUUUGCUCCUGUGCUGACACCGUCAUCGCACCCCACUCCAACCUGGACCGGGAUGUGUCCGUCUCCAGACAAAACCAGGCUACCUCGGUCCUUGGGAAGCGGGCACGUUUCCUCUCAGUAACAGAACAGAAAACUUUAAAUUCGAUUUUUCCCCUAUGCAGAGCCAGGAAGGGGCAUCAGAGGGGGAGCUUCUGCUUUUGCUUUAAUCAAUUCARACCUCAAUCCUUGCUUUCCUUCACUGCUCCUUGUCGCCCACCAGAGGCUCAGGAUCAUUCCCUGCUCUGAGCAGCAGCUCAAUCAUAAUUAACGUCCUCCACUGGUGGGUUAUUCCAGCCAGAGAGGGGGGACAGUUGUGGCCAAAGCCAGGGUGGCUUCUCAGGGAGCCAGGGUCCCUGCUCUGUCCACAGCUCUGGCACCUGGAUCCACCAUCUGCAUUGCCCAGYGAGCCGGGCACGCGCCUGCAGCUGAGGGAACUGCCUGAGCAUUGCUGGUUGUGCCGGGCCUCGAGGCAAUUAGUGAGAAAGCUUAAUUAGUCACUGCGGCUCAGCCUGGUCKCUGCUUGCACUUCAUCAGAUCUGUGUUUGGAUGGUGUCACUGGGGUAGAUCCUGCCUCCCUGGGGAAYGGGGAGAGCCUUGGGAGCUGUAGGACAGCUUGGAGCAGCUCCCAGGYAGCAGCAGGAAGGGGAGAGCGGGCAGAGCUGUGGGUCUGGCACAGAAAUCUCUGUGGAGGGGCAGAGGGAGGCACUGGAUCCCAAGGUCAUGUCCUACCAUUGAGGAAAGCUCCCAGGAAAGCUCCGUGCCCUGGCCUAGGGAGGGCAGAUCUGGGUAGCCCGGGCUGCUGGCUUGGAUGGUCACCAYACAAUCUGCACUGUCUGCUCUUGGGCAUGGCCUGGGACUCCAUUCUCAUUAACGUGCAAUUAAUUGGCUUGUCACUGAUUAAAUUGCCAGGCAGCACUGUGCUCCAUGGUGGGGGGAGCCCUGGAAUCUGCUCAGGGUUGGGGAGACACGGGAAAGGACCGGCUCAGGGGGCCAUCAUGGGGUCCAGAUCAAAACCCACUCAGCUUCCAUAAAUGAGAGUGUCRGUCAGGAGCAGGGACAGGAGCAGCRGCCUCACAGAGUGACAGCAGCCUGGAGGGGACCCCAGGGACCAUCGRGGGUCUCAGGGCAGGCAGGGGGAGCAGCAAUCAUGAUGCUGGCACUGUCCCUGUCACCCUCAGAGCCCUCAGUGAGGGCAGCACKGUGGUCAGGUGUGAAUGUCUACGAGAAGGUGAAAUUGUCAGGGAUUUUUUCUGUCCUAAAGAAGUGUUUUCCCUGCUAGUCAUCACUCAGAGGGUAUCAUGUUCCCCUCACCUUCUCCAUCAGACACCCUUUACCCUCCUGCUUGUCCAGGGAAGGUUCCAGAGCAGUGCUGGGGUCACGAGCAGCUGCCAGUGCCAUGACAGGUGAGGGCAGGGCCAAGUGACACCACAGUGGCAUUGCUGGGGGCCAGGAGAUUGUGCCCCUUCCGGUGCUUCCAGCGAGGCAGCGCCAGAAAGGAAACCACCUCAAUCCAGAGGGACAGGCAGAGGCUGCGGGACCAGAUGGGGGACGAGCUGUCCUGUCCCUUUCCAUCCCCUUACCCAUGUGAUUUGGGGAUUUUGUCACCCUGGGCACAGUGUCACUGUGGUCCCGCACCUCCACCGUUGGGGAAACCCACCAUSCCAUCACCUGUGUCCCCAAGGAAAGGGCUAAAGCUGCAUGGGAGCAGGGAUGGACUGCAACCCUGUGGGAAGACCUCAUGGAAAACUUGGAUUGUGGGRGGCUGCCGUGGUGGGGGAACCCUCGGCACUGACCCCGCUGUGCCACACCAGCUCCGGCCACAGUGGACAGAGCUGUCCGGGCCUAGAGCAUCUCUCUUCCCCAGGAACCUUGGGAGCAUUUUGUUCUUUUCUUUCUCUCCUCGUGACACCCAUCCCAUGGCAUAUCCGAAUGUUUCUCGUCGAUGCCAGUUAUUAGUGCAUAAGUGUAUUUUGGGGAAAAAAAUUAAAACAGGAAAAAGAAAAAAAAAGGAAAAAAAAAAGAAUUUUCAAUUUAUCACUUGUAACCAUAUAUAUAAAUAUAUAAAUAUAUAUAUUAAAAAGUGUUUAUUUGCAAAAAAUAAAAUUGUUUUAACGGUAAACUAUCUUAUAAUAAACUCCCGAUUUGUGAUGAUCUGUUCUUUUGUUAAUCAAUGACAAAUCCUCAGUUGGAGAGUACUGUCCGAGCAGCUCCGAGCAGCGCCCAGGCGCUCCCUGUACUGUAUGUAUGAAACAGCUGUAUCGAAUAAAUGGUUAUUGAUUUUUUAUUA